UGGACAUUGAAUGCAGUGAUGUGGUGUGUAGCAAAACCGGUUUCAGAUUGGGAGCUACCUGGUACAUGGAAGGGGUACUGGAUGGUGCAUCUCUUCAUUGGCCCUCCUGUAUGCGUUAUUGCUAUGAAUGUGUCUUACAAAAUGGCGGGGCUCUUUGAUCGUUGGCUUAGAAGGUCGGGACUUCUGGGAUGAAUGAAGUCGUGCCUCGGCGAUGAGCCAGAUAGCUAUGGUACUCUCGUGCUGUUUACAAGCUGAUGAAUAUUCGAGAGUCCAUCUGAGCACAUUUGAGGAUAUAUUGACUCAUUAUUCCAAUGACUCCGUCGUAUCGCACUCCAACAUACAUUCUCUCCCACUUUUCCUAUCCUGGAAAGAAACCUGUAUCCUCACAAAAGCCAUCUCAACUUCCAAAAGCCUAUCCAACACUUUUCGCCAUCAUGGAGAACCCUGAGUACCGUCCCACUCUGCAGAUCCUCAACCGUCAUCCUCGUCGUAGAGCUCAAGUGCCUAACAACAGUGGUGGCUGGAGUCCAAGAUGCUACUGGCUAGAAGAUCUUGAAGACUCGUUAUACAGCGAUGAUGAGGAAAGCGAUACCGACGAGGAUGACUCCGAAAACUACAACUCCGACGAUUCCUACCACUCCGAAAACGACUCCUCCGAAGACUCCCAACUCCCUUCUCCCUCCUCCCCUUCAAAUCCUGCCGCUCAAACCUCCACCACCACUACCAGCAGCACACUGCUCGUCACGAUAGCGCAUUCCUUUUGCUCCCUCCUCAGCUGCGGAAUGCUCCUCCCUCUCCUUCUAAUCUCCCCCUUUUUGUGGAUAUCCAAGAGAUAUUUUCAUAUUGGGUAG